AUGGGCGAAAAUCAUGAGAAAGAAAUGGAAAAUAACGAAUCGUUAAAUAACAAUAGCAAUACACGUAAACAAAUGCAAGAAGCUAUCGAUUUAGAAAAGAUUAACCUCGAGGAAGUGAACAAAAGCAUCGAAUUAGCAACGAAUGAGGUCAAAUCAUUGAAACAAGCUGCGAAUUCAUUGAACUCGGAACUCGAGAAAGAGAAAUCAACACUUAUCGCGAUAAAACGAAGACAAGGAAUGGCAUCAGUAACAGUUGCAUCUCUUGAAUGUGACCUAAAUAGAACAAUUUCAGAGAUUUCCCUAAUUCAAAAGAAGGAAAAAUUAGCAAGAGAAAAAGCAAUCGAACUCCCGAAACAACUUCAGAAAGCAGCCGAAGAGGCAGAUCAUGCUAAAUCGCUAGCCAGGUCAGCACAUGAAGAACUACAGAAAGCGAAAGAGAUAGCAGAUGAAGCGAAAGCUGGAGCAAAUACCAUGAGAAGCAGACUGAUUGCUGCUCAAAAGGAGAUUGAAGCAGCUCGAGCAUCAGAAAAAUUAGCUGUUGGAGCAAUUACUGCACUUCAUGAAACUGAAUCAGCUCGAAAGAAUGAAGGAGAAUCUGGAGUUACAAUUUCUUUAGAGGAUUACUAUGAACUAACUCGAAAAGCUCAAGAAGCUGAGACUGAAGCUAAUUCGAGGGUUUCAGAAGCUAUGUCAAAGAUUGAUUUAGCAAAAGAAUCAGAAGUGAAAACAGUGAAUAACCUUGAGAAAGUAAACUCAGAUAUAGUUUUAAAGAGGAAACAACUCUCGAUUGCAAAGGAGAAAGCUGAGAAGGCUAAGGAAGGGAAACUGGCUGUAGAACAGGAGCUUAGAACAUGGAGAUCUGAAAGUGAACAAAGAAGAAAAGCUAAAGAAAAUGGAAGACAGAAAGGAUUGGUUCGUAGUAAAGAAGGCAAGAGUUCUGAAAGCAACAACAAUGUGAUUGGAUCAUCUCGUGAAGGAAAGGCUCGGAAGAAAAAGAAGAAGUCGUUCUUUCCUAGAUUUUUAAUGUUCUUCAGCAAAAAGAAAGGACAUUCAAACAAGAAUAACAAUAAUAAUAAUAAUAAUAGUAAUAAUACAUGA